GGAGUGGCCGGUCGAGCCGCAGAUCCUCAAGCCUCUGCCUGUCCGCAGCCCCACUGGAGCCCGCUGCGUCCUGCUCAGGCUUGACCAGAAUGUGGGCUGCCACAUCCAGAAUGAAGAGGAGGAUGGAAGGAGCUGACCCAGCCACGCAGGGAACAGGGCUAAUUGCUCCCAUUUUCCAGAUGUGGAAGACUGAAUCCUGUUGAAGGUGCACAGAGCCCAAGCCAGGCACACUCUGCCCCCAAGGGAUCCAUGCAGGUGCCACAGGAUGGAGAAGACCUCUCCCACCAACCCUGGUACCAUGGCACCCUGUCCCGCCAGCAGGGCUUUGGGGAGGUCCAGCUGACAGAAGACAGAACUUGUAGGAUUGUGCCGGAGAGUUUCCUCAGCCCUCCUCCUAUUGGCCAAAUCUGGUCACAUGACAGUGCUAGCUGCAAGGACGUCUGGGAAGUGUAGUCCAGAAGGCUGAAGCUCUUCUUCUCCAAGAUGGUGACUUCCUGGUUCGCACCUCUGGAUCCCGUGGGGACCACCCUGUGAUCUCAUGCCGCUGGCAGGGGUCUGCUCUACAUUUUGAGGUAUUCCGUGUGGCCCUGCGUCCCCGACCAGGCCGGCCUGAGGCCCUCUUUCAACUGGAAGAUGAGAGAUUCACAAGCAUGCCAGCGCUGGUGCACAGUUACGUGACCGGCCAGCGCCCACUGUCCCAAGCCACAGGGGCUGUGGCCUCCAGGCCUGUGGUCCGGCAGAGGCCUCUGCGGCGCAGCUUCAGUGAAGAUACCCUUAUGGGCAACCCAGCUCGGGCUGAGUCCUUCAGGGCUAGGAAGUGGAGCAACAGCCAACCUGCAGACUUGGAUCAUACGGGCCAGGCCACAGAAGCCCACUCCGGACCAGGAGCCUGCACCACACCCGAAUCUGCCCUGCUCCGGAUGGGCAGUGACCCCGUGUUGCCGAAUGUCCCAGCUCCCUUGGGGACCGUUGCUGACAGCCUCAGAGCUUCUGAUGGGCAGCUUCACGCCAAGGCACCAACCAAGCCCCCCCGGACACCCUCACUGAUGCUUCCAGAUGCCCCUGGACUCCCCUCAACGUACUGUGAGCUGGUUCCCCGAGUGCCCAGCGCCCAGGGAACACACCCUGGCCACAGCUGUUCAGAGCCUGAGGCCCCGUGGUGGGAGGCUGAAGAGGAGGAAGAGGAGGAGGACAGGUGUUUCGCAAGACCACAGGGCGAGGUCUCUUUCUGCCCUCCUGGCAACCCCUCCAGCCUGUUGGGCCCCCAGAAUCGGCCCCUGGACCCCAAAGUACUGCAUGUUCUCCGAGGCUUGUUCCUGGAGCACCACGCGGACAGCACGGCCCUCCACCUGCUGUUGGUGGAUUGCCAGGCCGCAGGCCUCCUGGGAGUGACCAAGGCUCAGCAAGCGGCCAUGGGGGUCCGCUCUGGCCUGGAGCUGCUCAGCCUUCCCCAUGGGCAUCGUUUGAGGUUGGAACUGCUGGAGAGGCUGGAGACCCUGGAGCUGGCAGGGGCGCUGGCUGUCUUGGGGUGCACGGGACCGCUGGAGGAGCGCGCGGCCGCACUGAGGGGCCUCGUGGAGCUGGCCCUGGCGCUGCGGCCCGGGGCGGCAGGGGACCUGGCCGGGCUGGCCGCGGUCAUGGGCGCCCUCCUCCUGCCCCAGGUGUCGCGGUUGGAGUGCACCUGGCGCCAGCUCCGACAGAGACACACAGAGGCUGCGCUGGCCUUCGAGCAGGAGCUGAAGCCGCUGAUGCGAGCUCUGGAUGAGGGCUCAGGCCCCAGCGAGCCUGGCGAGGUGGCGCUGCCGCACGUGGCACCCGCUGUGCGCCUGCUGGAGGGCGAGGAUCUCGAGGGGCCGCUGGAAGAGAGCGGCGAGCGGCUGCUGCGCACCCUGCAGGGGGCGCGUCAAAUGGUGCGCAACGCCCCCAAGUUCCGCCUGGCGGCUGCUCGGCGCCUACAAGGAUUCAGGCCUAAUCCGGAGCUGAGGGAGGCACUGACCACCGGCUUCCUACAGAGGCUGCUCUGGGGAAGCCGAGGCGCCAGGGCACCGAGAGCUGACCGCCUGCAGAAGUUCCAGCGUGUCCUCAGCAUCCUGUCCCAGUGCCUGGAGCCUGGCCACUAAGAAGAGCACAGGUCCCUCUUUACACCCAGGUCACCCAUGUUCCCAGGAACCACCCAGAGACCAGCACUUUGGGAGCCUGAGGCAGGAGGAUCAUAAAUUGGAGGAUCAUAAACUGGACAACUCAGAGACCCUAUCUCAAAAUAAAAAGGGUUGGGGAUGUAGCUCAGUGAGAAGGCCCUGGAUAAAAUUCCCAGUACUGGUGGGGGCCGGAAAUCUGACCCUGAUUAUUGCACAUAGAUUCCAGGGAUGGGGCUGCAGGAUCCUCCUGCCUCACACUAGAAGACUAACCCAGGUAUCUUGGGAGGCCACUUCGAACAUGCAUGUGCUUGUACACACACACACACACACACACACAUAUGACACUGAGAAAGCAGUGUCAAGCAGUGAGCAUAUGGCUUUUCAUGGUCACUUGGAGAUCUGGGAUCAGAGUUCAAAUCUUUCUCUGCCUCAUAAAAGCUGUGUGACUUCUGUCAGAUGCCUUGGCCUUUCCGUCCCCACCUUCGACAUAAUAGUGGGACUGCUUUCCAGGCAGGAGGGAAAAAUCAAUGUUUCUAUAAGAACCUGGGUGGGGAAUACCUGACACACAGUAGGUGCUCAAUAAACCCUACCUAUUCUCUGCAGCAGCACAUACAGAA